AUGUUAAAACAUUUUGCCCUUGGCCUUUUGGCCGCUCAGUCCGUGGCUGCCGCACGCUUUGCAAUGUAUAUCGACCAGUACCAUCACAGCUCUCUCCCAGGCCAGGAGAGGACUGAAGGUAUUGACCAUGCAAUCAUGGCCUUCGCUAGCUCAACGCUGUUCAACUCGGACUCACCGCAACCAUACACGCCAUUUGAAAGCACCCAGACCAUGCGCCAGCGCUUCAGUCCCAAUACCAAGCUACUGGUCGCAAUUGGUGGCUGGGGUGACACUUCUGGCUUCUCCGAGGGAGCAAAGGACGAAGCCUCGCGCACACGAUAUGCCAAGAAUGUUGCUGCGAUGCUCAACUCAAAUGGAUUCGACGGCGUCGAUAUUGAUUGGGAAUAUCCUGGCGGCAACGGCAAUGACUACAAAAAAGUGCCAAACUCGCAGAAAGUGGACGAGAUUGAAACCUUCCCCCUCUUCCUUGCAGCUCUCCGUAAAGAAAUCGGCAACAAGACUCUCUCUAUCGCGGUACCCGGUCGCAAGCAGGACUUCAUUGCUUUCACUAAGGAGCAGGGCCCUAAGAUCUUCGAGCCUGUCGAUUUUGUCAACGUCAUGAGCUACGAUCUGGUUAAUCGCCGUGAUAAUGUCACCAACCACGCUAGCGGCAUCCAGGGAUCCCUGGACACUAUUAACGAGUAUCUUGCCAUUGGGGCUCCUCCCGCAAAGCUCAACCUUGGCUUUUCGUACUACGCUAGGUGGUACACCACCGACCCUAACUCCGACUGUGCUGUGAACCCUAUCGGCUGCCGUCUUGUUAAGCUCGAGAACGAUGAUGGAACGGACAAUCUCAAGUCUGGUGUCGUGACGUUUGAUAACACUAUUGCACCCGCACCUGCUGAUUUGAAAGAAAGCACCAAUGGCCUGUGUGGAUUCGAUGCGAAGGCCAAGUGCCCAUCAGGGGCCUGCUGUAGUUCUUCCGGCUACUGUGGUACUACCGAUGAGUACUGCCAGGCUGAGUGUCUAUCGGACUAUGGUACCUGUGCUAUCCCUGUCCUCACAUCAUGGCGUAAAGCCCAGCGGGAUGGCAAGACCGAUGCGAACGGUGGUGGUCAGUACUACUUCGACAGCGAGAACCACCUCUUCUGGUCGUGGGAUACCCCCGAUCUGAUUGCCCGCAAGUUCACAGAAAUCGUCACGGAAAAGAACCUCGGUGGUGUCAUGGCUUGGAGCUUGGGCGAGGAUACCUACAACUUUGAGCUCUUGGAGGCUAUGCAGAAGGGUCUCAAAUCUCUCUCCUGA